UUUUUUUGGCCAGAAUCAACAUAUUUAUCAAAUUUUUCUUAUUUUUAAGUGUAUAAAAAUUAAGAAUGCCUUCAGAAGCCGCGAAGAAACGGCAAGCUAAGAAAAAGGCAGCGGCACAAUCGCGAGGAAAACCAAAACCGGCCGUAAAUUCGUCAAAUGUAGCGAUCGAAAACGGUGACAAUGCCAGCAAUGGCGGAAUACUCGACGUAUCUUCACGGGCAUGUACCGGCGUUUUGGCAUCACAUCCUUUAUCUAAAGAUCUCAAGAUUGAGAACUUUUCUAUUACUUUCCAUGGAGUUGAACUUCUAAAGGACACAAAACUAGAGUUAAAUAGUGGAAGGCGAUAUGGUUUGAUUGGCGCCAACGGCUGUGGUAAAUCUACUAUGCUUAUGUCGAUUGGUAAAAGAGAAAUCCCCAUCCCUGAACAUUUUGAUAUCUUUCACUUACAUGGAGAAAUAGAAGCCAGUGAUAAAACUGCUCUACAGAGCGUGAUGGAAGUGGAUGAAGAGAGACACAGGUUAGAGCUUGAAGCAGAGGAGUUGGCUCACCUUGGAGAAGAUGGCGCAGACAGGCUGAUGGAGGUUUAUGAAAGAUUAGAAGAACUAGAUUCAUCCCAUGCAGAAGUCACAGCAGCCGAGAUUCUUCAUGGUCUUGGUUUUACAGCUUUAAUGCAACAAACAGCCACAAAAAAUUUCUCUGGUGGUUGGAGAAUGAGAAUAGCUUUAGCAAGAGCUUUGUUUAUUAAACCUUCUAUACUUCUUCUUGAUGAACCAACCAACCAUCUUGAUUUGGAUGCGUGUGUAUGGCUUGAAGAAGAGUUAAAGAACUACAAGAGAAUACUGGUUAUAAUCUCUCAUUCACAAGAUUUUCUUAAUGGUGUUUGUACAAAUAUUAUACACAUGACAAGAGGACAAUUGAAAAGCUAUGGUGGUAAUUAUGAUUCGUAUGUCAAAACAAGAGCUGAGUUGGAAGAAAAUCAAAUGAAGCAGUAUAAUUGGGAACAGGACCAAAUAAAGAACAUGAAGGAUUAUAUUGCCAGGUUUGGACAUGGAAGUGCAAAACUUGCAAGACAAGCACAAAGCAAAGAGAAAGUUCUGGCCAAAAUGAGUGCUGGGGGAUUAACAGAGAAAGUUGUAAAGGAUAGGUCUCUAUCCUUUUAUUUUCCUGAUUGUGGUAAACUUCCACCUCCUGUGAUAUCAGUACAGACCAUGAGCUUUAGAUAUGCAGACGACAAGCCAUACAUUUACAAGAAUCUUGACUUUGGAAUGGAUUUGGACACAAGAGUUGCACUAGUAGGGCCCAAUGGUGCUGGUAAGUCGACACUGUUAAAGCUUAUAGAAGGAACUUUAACACCAACAGAUGGAUUGAUAAGACGUCAUGGUCACUUAAAGAUCUGUAGAUAUCAUCAGCAUUUACAAGACAUGCUUGAGUUGGACCUUUCUGCCCUGGAGUUCAUGAUGAAGUGUUUUCCUGAAAUCAAAGAAGAUGAAGUCAUGAGGAGAUCCAUAGGACGAUAUGGUCUGACUGGCAAACAACAGAUCUGUCCAAUGCGAAACCUCUCCGAUGGACAACGUUGUCGCGUUGUCUUUGCAUGGCUGGCAUUCCAAACGCCUCAUCUUCUUCUCCUUGACGAACCUACCAAUCAUUUAGACAUGGAGACGAUAGACUCUUUGGCUGAAGCCAUUCUUGAUUUUGAAGGUGGUCUUCUGCUAGUUAGCCAUGACUUUAGACUCAUUAGUCAGGUGGCUCAAGAGAUCUGGGUUUGUGAAAAGGAAACAGUAACUCCAUGGAAAGGUGACAUCGUAUCUUACAAAGAAGAACUUAAGAAGAAAGUGACUAAGGAGAAAGCCAAAGCAAGAAAAGCUAAAACAAAUCAACGAUAAAAAAUAGUCUAUCAAUGAAAAUGAAUGCGAGUUAAAGUACAUUUAUAUAGCAAAGUCCACAAGGUAUCUUCGCUGUUUUUUCCUUAUAUUCACAGGUUUGAUAUUUAUAGUCAGUAUAAGCUAUGACUUUUUCUUGGAGCUAAAAGAGGGAGAAUGUGAAUUAUUGAGUACAUGUAGGAGGUCCUAAAUAGGAAAAGAGAGUUGGCUGGGGAAGAGAGACUAAUCCAUGGCUAACCCUCUGACUGUCACAACUUUCUUAAAGUUUGGCGUACAGUUUGAUCAGCUCUCAGUAACAAAAACAAUAAUUCUAAACCAACAAAAAGAUUUCUGCUAUCAAAGAAAACACUUUGAUGAAAUGGUUUUCAUUAUAUAUUUUCAUGAAGUGAUACAAUUUUAGCCUGAGUUCAUCCAGCGUUUACCGGAUGUACGCAGGCUAUAGUCUAAAAUGUGGACUUUUUGUGGAAAAUUCGGCUUGAUAAGCGUCGUCCCCAGGCUAUACCGUUACAUCUCCUUCCCAGUUUUUGGCGGAUGAUGGCGUUAUGUUAGACAAGAGUAGCCUGGGACGAGUCAAUAGCCUGACUUUCUAAGCAGGCAGAAUAAUUGCUUUUGCUCGCAGUCUAUAUAUCAGUGGGCUGGCUACCCACUGCACUAAUGAAACAAAAAAAAAAAAAAUCCUCAUUUAUUUUGGAAAUUUAAAUAUAAACAUUGUGUAGAUCACACAGCUGUAAAUUUAACGGUUUUUAGAUUUACAAAUUUAUGAAAAUAAUGUCGCUUGUAAAUGCUAUGUUAGUGCUCUUCUUUGAUCAAUGUCGGUUUG